GCCGGUGCCGCCCGCACCCCGGUGGUUUUGGGUUCCUGCCCUAGAGACCCGUGCUAGGGCGACGCCGCUAGCCGCCGUCCUCUUCGCCAACCCCGAGCCUCGCCGCCGUACGCUGGUGCUCAGGUGUUUGUGUUUUUGCGGCACCGCUAGAUUGUCUGCGGAUGGUCCAGGAAAUGGCGCCUUGCGGCGAAGAUCUGCUCGAAAGGGCACUUAAGACGCACGGUAAGGAGGCUGUGGGGUUCCUCAUCCUGGCUAAGUCCAUACUCAGUGUUGAAACGUACAAGGAGCUCAUCAAAGCAGCACGGGAGAUUGUUAACCGAAGUUCAUGUACUGAAGGUGGAAUCACGGCCAAAAAAUGCGAAGAGAUUCUGUCGGAAGUGUUUGUUGGCGAAACUCACAUCCUAAAGUGCUUCCAUCACUUUCUCCAAGGGCGUGGUCCCUCCUACGACCACAACAGCCAGGCUUUACAGGGUGCAAUCUCUUUCCUUGUGAAUGUGAAGAUGUCCCCUAAUAUGUCCAAUGAAGAUUACGAGGAUUUACUGGCCACGCUGACUCAGUGUAUGGCCCCAAAGACCAUGGAAAUUGAAGACAUUUAUGGAAAGGUAAAGAGAGCCAUGCAUCAGUGCCCAGAGUUAAUAAAAACCUUCGAAACUUAUCUGCCUGAUAGCCUAAGGGUUACUUUACUAAAUGAUGAACAAUCUUGCAGAAGUCCAAAGACUAGUCCUACUGACAAGGCAGUUUUAUGCUUUACUCCAGAUGCAAAUCAUAGCUUGGAUGGUAACCGAAUGAAAACAACCAAUAUCAAAUAUAAUGUAUCUCAAGUGAGCUAUCCCCAUGAUCAAAACCUUAAAGAAACUGAGUACAAUUUCAGGCAGAGACAUACCCAGGGGAUCCCUGACUCCUUUGAAACACCUACCAAAGGUAAUGAAGAAACUCUUCAAGCGGAAGAGUACAAGGGAGACAAAACUGAUCCCUUACCAGACUGGAGUCCCUUGAGAGAAAAUGAAUUACCCCCAAAAGUGAACCUCGAUACGUGCACACGUUGCACUACUAGCUAUUACCUACUACCAAAGAAUUGUUUAACGCUAAAAUCAAGUUACCGGACCGAGCUGGGACAGUCUAUAUUCAAUGACACAACAGUUUCUGCUACCUCUGGGAGGGAGGAUUGCUUUAAAUUCAGAACUAAAAAUCAUUAUGAAGAAAAUAUUUUCAAAUGUGAAGACGACAUGUUUGAGAGUGACAUGCUAUUGCAGCGCUACAAAGCAACUGCUGACUUUAUUGGAAAUCUGCAAGACCAUGUUGACAGUGAUAUGAAAAUUCAAGAGCAUCUAACUCCCUUACAUAGGAGGUGCAUUGAACAGUUAUACGAUGAACAUGGCCUCGACAUGCUUGAUGCACUGUGGGAGAAAAUUGAUACCAGUACGGCUCUUGUCAUUCUACAUUCUCGUUUAAAUCAGAAGAUAGACGAUUUGUCAGAGGCACGGUUAUCUUUGAAUAAAACCUGCUCCAAUAUUAUUGCCAAUAAUUACCACAGAUCACUUGAUCAUCGAAGCUCCUCCUUCAAACAAUUGGAUAAAAGGAGGAUGGGCCCAAAAGCUUUGCUUGCUGAAGCCAGAGAAAUUAAUAUGGCAAGGUUGAACAAUGGGGAUAGACAUCUUUCUUCUGCUUAUAAUAAUCAAUCAAGUUUGAUUUCGAAAAAUGUACUUAAAGAUACUGAUCUUCACAUCCACAAGGACAUAGAUCUUCACAUCCACAAGGACAUAGACAGGAUGGUUCGUUGUGCCUCCAAAAGUUGUCCUUCUGAACUAAAGCCAAUGAUGAUUUGGACAAAAUUAGUUCAGCCAUUUGUUUCUAUUAAUUAUCAGUUACCAGAAUCGAAUGGCACUGUAGCUUCCAAAGAAGCUUGUGAAUAUUGUGGUCUUGGCAAAACUUUUCGCAGGAGCAUACCUGACUCCUCGUUUGCUAAUAAUAUUCCUUUACCUUCAAAGAGAGGUGGAUAUCUUGUAAAUACGUCCAAUAAGUCUGCUUCUAUGCAUGACGCUUAUCAGACAGAGAUUGAGGAGGGUGAAUUUAUACCUGAUGUCGGAAACAUCCAGUUGGGGUCCAUAACUGGACCUGGGAAUGGAGCAGCAAGUUGUGAUGUUGCUGCUCCCAGUGAAGAUGGGUCGAGUUUUCGGUGCUUGGGCAAUAAAUCUGCAGUGCAUCAUGAAUCAAGAGAAGGCUGCAAUGUAGAAAUGGGCAGUUUAGCAUAUUCCAAAAGAACAGCUGAACCGCAUUGUGUGAAAAGCGGUGUACCUUGUUGUUCUCUGGCUGUGCUCUUGAGGCUUCACCAGAUUUUGUAUGAGAGACUACUGGUAGCAAAGGUUCUUUCGAGAAAAGCUAGGGCUGAAGCUCCCUCUCGAGAUUCACUCACUUGUGAUGUAUAUGCCGGGUUUAAGGAGGAACUCUUUAACCUACUAACAGGCUCUACUAACAGUUCCAACUUUGAGAAGUACUGCCUGACUUUCCUUGGGCCGAAAUCCUAUGUACUUUUUACUCUAAAUGAGGUGAUAGGCCGGGUUAUUAAGCAGCUCUGCAAAAUUUGUCCAUGUGCUGAAGACAACUCGCUUCUUCAGUCCCAUGAGAAAGUGAGAGGACCAGACCCACCCAAAGAUUUGUCCCAUCAUCAAAAUGCAAGAAGCUCUCCGGCUCGUCCAACAAAUGUAUCACUGGAGCAAGACCAUCAUGAGGAGGGGGAGAAAGGUAGCAAUAAGCCUCUCGAUGACACUGUUAAGCCGAUGCAGAACCAUUUUCAGAGAAGGAAAAGGCGGAAGCUGGAGACGGGUGUACCGAGCAUAUCUCAGCCUGGCGCUGAUGGUUCAAACUCGUAGCUCCUGGACGGAACGGAACUCGUAGUAGUAGAAUAGCUGUUGUACAUUAGUUUUGUACAAGGAAAUCCAUCAUGUACAUAUAUGCUUGGUUGCAUAGUAGCAAAGCAAGUUUUUUUUUUUUGGC